UUUUUAAAAGUUUAGGAUUAGAUGAAAACAAGCUAUGGAUGCUUUUUUCACUUUUUGCAUGCCUAUCUUGGGUUAUAUAUAUUAUAUUUUACAAUUCUCGUGUAAUUGGUUUAAUAAUAUCAAAACUUCUUAAUAAAUGGUUUAUAAAAGGAGCUUAUUUUAAAAUUGGUUCGUUAUCAUUAAAUCCCUUAGCGGGAAAAAUUAUGUUUAGAGAUAUUGUGUACAUAAAUUUUGAUUACUCAAUUAGAAUUCAGGAUGGUUACAUUAUUUUUCGAUGGUGGAGAUCUUAUGUACCUAAAAAUGUAUCAGAAGAUUUGUCGCAUUCUGAUACACGACUCUCAGUACAGUUGAAUGGAUUUGAAAUUCAUACUUACAAUCGAUCUAAUUUGUAUAAUUUGCUAGAAAAAACUUUUGGUCUACCCUCAGCAAUUUUAAUGCCGACUGAAAAUUUUUCUUCCGAAGAGAAGGCAAAAAUUGAAGAGGUAAUGUUAAAUAUGGAAAACACCAGGAAAAGUUCAAAUCAAAAUAAAAAGAAGAAACGUCCAGAAGCAAUGACAGCAACGACAUGGAGAGAUUUGAUUCCAGUUAUUAAAAUAGAUAUCUGCAGUGGAAGAUUCGUCUUUGGAAAUAGGCUGACACCGACAACUUUAUCUAUAUCUAUAGAAGAAGCACAUUGUACAUAUAGUACUAAGCCAGCUGUUUGCAGAUUAGAUCAUUUUAUGCAUUUUGUAAAAGCAAAAAUUGAAAAUGCUAAAGUGAUGUUUGCUCCCAGCCCAAAAUAUACUGGCCUGGUAGAUGAGCCCCCAAGAUAUAUGGGAGAAGGUUUUGUUGUAAUGAUGUCUAAUAUUGUAGAGCUGUAUUUCUAUAUGGAUGAAGCGGGUGUUGUUCCAGAAGAACCCAUAUUAUUAACCUUGGCAAAUGGUGAUGUAGUUGAACCAGAUCCCCCAGUUUGGGGACUUGAUAUUAAAUGUGGUAAAGGAACUGAUUUCAGUUAUGGGCCAUGGGCAGAUCGCCAAAGGGAUCAUUUAUUCAAAUUUUUUUUUCCAAGUGAUUGGCAGAAAAUGAAACCAACUCCAAUGCCAAAAGCUGGGGAACUUCGAAUGUAUCAAUCUUUUGAUAUUACCCUUUGCACCUUAAAUGAAGCAACUAUUGAUAUAUUAUUUUCAAAAGACAAAGAAACCAAUGCAAUGCACGUUACUAUUGGACCCGGCUCUUAUGUUGAAGUAACAAUACCAUGGGUAACCCAAAACAAUGGAUAUACAACGGCUGUAGCCGGCCAAUUAUUACACGCUGAAGCGACUACAAGCUUACAAUAUCGAAGUUUAGCUGAAUUUGAAUCUCUCGAAUACAAAGUUAAAAUUCACUAUCCAUGUAAGUGGAAUGAUGCGCAAGACUGGAUUGUGAACCUUACAGGAUGUAAAGCUACAGCCUUUUUAGUGUAUAAACAUAAGUCUUUCUUCCAGGAUUUAAUAGAAGACUGGAGUUCUAAAGCUCGUCCCGAUAUUUUGACUUUUGUACCAUAUGUUUGCAAAUUCACUAUACUUUUAAAAGAUUUUGAGUUAAUAACUUUGAGCAAUGAAUAUAAUUGGAUAGAUUGCUCAAGUACAAAUCAAGAAAAUAAUCACAUAGCAUUUUGUGGAGAUUUGUUUGAUUUAAGUUUUUCUUUACCAUUUGACGAUUUUCUACCAGAAAAGGUUCCUAUUAAAUUUUGGAUUCAUGGUGAAGGCUUAGAUCUGAAAUUGUAUCUCCCAGAAGUUUCAACUUCAAGGCCAAUUGUUAUAGCAAUAGAUCAAAAUUGCAAAAUUCUUACUCGAAGUGGGAAAAUAAAAAAACGCUCAGAUUUGUAUCCACGUAAAUGGCAACGCGUAUGUCAAAGAAGUGUCGGAUGGGUAGAUUUUUGGUCGGCCCCGAUAGUAGCAAUAUCAAUUCUUUACGUAUAUCAUCCAAUGCCACCAGUUGGACCUCAAGCACAAGCAGACAUAACAACGCCAGAAAAGGAAGAGAUUUUAUUGAGUCCCAUUAGAAUACCUAAAUUAAAAAAAUCUCCUGUAAUGAAUUGGGCUAUGAAUGAAUCUUUUAAAUUUGACCCAACUACUCUACCAGCAGAUGAAGUUACUGUGGAAAUAGAAAUUGGGCCGUCAGUUUUGUUAGCAUACGGAAGUGUUUUGAGAAACUUUAUUCAUUUAAAGGUUCAUUGCGCGGUUGAUUUUUUUUUAUUUUAUAUGAAAAAUUAUUUGGUUUAUUUACAGGAAAAUAUAUUUGGAGACGAUCAAAACUUCUCUGAUAUGGAACAAUCAAACUCAAAUUUCAAAGCUUCAAUAGGAAUGGAGUAUAAUAAUAAGGAUAUUAGUAUUCUAAAAGAUGGUCAAAAUAAAAAUCCUGUUCCUAACGUUAUUGGGCCCGAUGAAAAACAAAAAUGUUUUGAUCCUCGAUAUUAUAGGCCCCUUGAAGUUGUAGUUUCUUUAACAAUACAUGAUAUUCAAGCUCAUUUAGUUAAAAAUUGCACUGAAACAGAUCCUCCUUGUCCAGUUAUAUUAAUUGAAAGGCUUGGUUUUGAGAUGAAAAAGCGAUAUACUGAAACGGAAUUACAGGUCCUCGUUAGUCCGUCUUAUUUAAUUUCGUUGGAUAACAUAAUUCGAUCUAAUCAGGAAAAACAUAUUAAACAAGGUCACAUUAUGAUGUCUGCUUUGCAGAUUCGAGGUCAUGCAAUGUUCAGUAAUGAAGGACGAAGUUUGGAUGAUGAAACGUUGGAAUAUGCUUGGUUGCUGGAAAUCCAAUUAGGAAAAAUACAAGCAAAGCUUACUGCUGCCCAAUUGCUUCAAGUCAUCUCUGGUCUAGAAACAUUUAUUCUAUUAACUGUAGAUCCUGAAAACUGCGUCAAAUCACCCAAAAAUGAGCAAUUAUGUUAUCAUGGAAAUUUAAAUAAAAGUUGCCCUAAAAUAAAAGGUAUUACAAAAUACAAGUGUCCAUCUUCAGAAGAAAUCAAAUAUAAAAUGACGAGAGUUUCCAUCGACGCUAUUGAUAUGUAUUUAAUUGAAGGUGGAACUGCUUUACAUACAUGGAUUUCACCAGUUCGUUUGUCAAUGUGCAAUUUGCAUGGACAAAAAGUAAAGCUUGGAGUUACUGGUCUACUUCCUUAUGUGUUAAUUCGCUUAUUUUUGCAAAAUAAUAAAAACUACUCCCAUAAUUAUAAUGGCAGGAAAAGCUCAAAACCGAUAAAUAUAUAUGAUUUAGGAGAAGAAGAACUGAAUUCGACUGAAUUUAAGAGAAAAAGAGAUUCUAGUUUAAGGAAUAAUAUAAAAAACAAAGAAAAUCUUACUAAAAAUUUGAAGGAUGACAUUUCAGACAAAAACAUUAAUUUAGAAGAUGCGCAUCAGAUAUUCAAUCAAGAUCAUUGGAUUGAAGUUGGUUACUCAUCUUUUGGUCCCAUAUUGUUUGAAGGAGCAUCAGCUUUGCCCUUUCCAGAUCAUAAAUUACAUGAGCUACAACAUAAUUUUCUAAAAGAACAUGAUCAGCGUUUGAAAAAGUUAUGGUUCUUGUGGAAUGGGUUCAACGGUUCGAAAUCGAAUUCUAUGAGGUGUGGCUGUAUUGGAGGAUGCGCCUUUUUCGGAACAAAUAGGAAUGGAUCUAAAUUUUUUAAACCAAGCAGUCAGGAUAUUAGAGAUAACAUUAAUAUAGCGAAGUUCCACAUACUGAACAAGUCUAAGGAGGUUGGUUUCGGUGAAAGUAUUUUACAUAAAGGAAAAUUAGUAUUUCAUACGCCACCGUAUAGUUUACGCCCUGUCAUUCUUUGUGACAAUAACGAAACUUACAAUCUUGAAAUACUGCAUGAUCAAAAGUACAGUUUAUCUGAAAUUGAUCCUCACAAAAAAGCUGUGCACAUAAAUAGUAAAAGAAACAGAGAAUCCUCGGUUCCGCCUGCGACAAGUACUGUAAAAUACAAUUCUGUGAUUAAUAAUGCUGUCAAGCAAAAUCAAUAUGAAGUGCCAUAUUCCCGAUUGUUAGAAAGUCCAUCAAAAAAGAUAACCCGGAAGGAUUGGCAAACAUCGACAAGUCACAGUACAUUAGCGACAAAAACCCCAGAAUCCAUUCAAUAUUCUGUUCCUAAAACAAGUGCAUCUGAUUCGAGAUUAACUUGUGAAAUUGAUUUUUCAGAAGAUUUAGAAGUACCCAAUAUAAUGUCUCACUCAGCUCCUCAAACAAAUCCUUUACAUUUUGAAACUACUCAAUUAAAUGUAAAUUCAGGGGAGGAGUACGAAAAAACUAAUGCCCCUUUUACAGCAUCUAUCACAUCAGAUUGUCCGUCAGAAAUUUUUUUCUCAGCUGAGGAAGAUAUUCAAAGUAACUUUCAAGCCGGAAGUAAUACAUUUAAUUCGCCAAUUGAACCAUUUUCUAAUAACAUGUACAGUCACAGGCCAUAUUAUGCAACAUGUAAAUCAGAUACAGAAUUUAAGAGACGAGAUUCCAAACAUAAUUAUAAUAGAAUUAGUGGAAGCAACAUAGAAUUAAUUAACACCCACGCCGGAAAUUCUUCAGAAAGCCCUUCAUUUUCAACAAAUUCAUUUAUAUCGGCUAUGUCUUCACAAGAGGAUGUAGCGUUAUCGAACUCACAUAUACAAAUGAACCGUUCAAUAUUCGAAUCUCAACUUUUAAUGGAAAGUUAUUUGAAUCAUUUAGCUUUGCUUACGUGCAAUAAUUGGAGCACAUGUUCAUUUCCAUUUGGUGCAGAUGCUUUAUCUUUACCGCUUUAUCAUGAAAACGAAAACGGUGAAUUGGCAUAUAUUGGCGCCAAAAUGUUUCCUAAAUUUGAAUUACUAAAUAAUUGGAAAGAAAUAAAAAUGUUACCGAAAGUUGAUUUGAAUUAUGAUAAUGCGUACCAACAAAAUAUGAACGAAGGUUUGAAACCCCAUCCAUGGGACCCAAGUGUAAUGUUGAGUAAAACAAAUGAAGAUUGUGAUGGCGAAGAUAGUGAAUUCCUAGAUUUUCAAAGCGAAUCCGUAGCUUCCUGCGUUUCCAUUGUCAUGCGAAUGAAAGGGCAGUGUAACGUCCUAAUGACACCACUGCUAUUGGAAGGUAUUCAAAGAAUCAUUGAAACAGUUAUACCAUCUCUAUCUUCAAUGCAUCCUUUAACAGUUAUUAAUUCUAUGCACUACUCAUGUAUGAAUAGAGUGCAAAAUGAUAACAUUCUAAAAAGUGAUGAAAGCUUAAGCCACUGGUCUCAAAUUAAUUCAAAUCAGAAAGGCACUGAAAAUGUACAGCAAACACCUAGAGAUUCAGUUCUAAGUGAUGUUUAUAAAGAAAGUAUUACUUCAAAAAUUCAGGGGCUUUUUAUAAUACCAAAAGUUUCAGUCAAUAUGCUUCAAGCAUCAGUUGUAAGUGAAAGGACAUCACUUACGAAGUUGGAUAACAUACAAGAACUAAGCUGUGUGUCAUUAUUAGCAUUUUAUAUACAAGGAAUAUCAGCCAAAUUUCACUUAGCAAAAACUAAUAAAGCUUCUAUGCAAAAUAUUUAUAUACAAAAAACCAUAAAAUCCGAAAAUCAAACUAAAAAAUCAGGAAUAAUGAGAGGAACAAAAGCUUUUCUAGCACAAUUAUCAAGUCAGGCUAGGCCAGACAAUAUUGCAGGAGAGCCGAUAUUAAUAGAAACAUCAGAAAAACAAUUGGAAGAGCUUGUGAUUGCACUAGAUGUAGCAAGUACACAUAUUCAAUUAAGGCGACUGAAAAAUGAAUCUAAUAAAAGCCAAAGCUCUCAGGCAAUUAUAACAGCUAUUCCUGAGUACAAAAGUAAAACAUCAUUUUCUUGUGUGAAAAUGCCAGACAAUCAAGAUGAUGAUAUAGGAUUUAUAAUGUUUGAAUGUGGUCUGGAAAGGUUAAGUGUUAAAAUGAUAAAAAAAUCUCAUUAUGAAAAAUCGGAAAAUUCUAACGAACACGUAAAUAUGUCCGACAAGUCAAACCAAAAAAAUUAUAAUUCACAAAAUCCCAAUGCAAAUGAAUCAUUGGAAACUGAUAAUUCUAAUAUAAGUUUGAAACCUGAAUUUGCUUGGAGAAUAUUGCAAAAAAAACCUCCUACACCGAAAACUCCUAAAGAAAGAAUAACUCAUGCGUUAGAACACAUUAUAGUAAUGGGCGAAGACGAUAACAAAAUAAAACAGUCGAAUAAAGCAGCUAAUGAUGCUGACCCAGAAUCAGAUGAGUUAAAGGAUGUCUCAACAGAAUCUGAAAAACCACACGCAAAUGGCAAUCAAAAUGACAAAACAUCUUCCUGCAUAAUCGAAUUAAAAUCCAUUUGGUUUAAUUUCGCUGCUCCGCCAUGUGUUCCUAUUACAAGAAAAAUUGAUUUUACGAGAUUGGAUUGGAAUCUUUUAAGUACAGCCUCCCCAGCUAUAACAGCCUGGAUGAAUCCAUGCAAUCGUUUGACUAUGAAAAUAAUAUCUCUUUCAAGGUCUGUUCACACACGAUACACUGCUAUCACGGCAUGUUUAAUGGCAGAUGCUCUAGAUAAUGAUAAAUUUCAAAGAAAACAAAAAAUAAAAAAAAGUCGUUACCCAAAUAUGUAUACAUUGCUUUCAAAAACUCUACAAGAAGACCCAAGUUGUCAAUUAUGCACUAUAAUGCAAAAAUUUAUGUUGGACGAAGGUGCUAAAAACUUUGAGUCAAACUUCAAACAAAGUGAUAUUCCUCAUUUAAAUGUUCUUAGACAAGGAGUCAUUGUACUGUGUCGCCAAUGGAAAAAUAUGCUUUAUAAUCCCAUUUUAUUUGAACAUCAAUACAAAAAUAAAUUAUUUAGAUCUGAUGUACCAUUAGCAUUUGAGCAAAUUGAUGAAGAAAAUGAAGAUGGUGAAUGUGAUGGUGAUGUAGAAAAUAUUGAACCUAUAAUUCCAGUGGAAAUUUUAGAAGAAACAGAAAAUACACUUUUGUUAGGUAAUGAAAGACUUAAAUUUGGUACCCCGGAGCCUGGGAAAACUUCAACUGAAACUUUAACAUCACCAAACUUACAUGGACUAAGAAGAAACAUUCAAAUGAUUCCAAUUAUAUCUGGCUUAGUUGAUAAGCAGCAUGCAGAAAUUGAAUAUGGCGCACUUCAGGACGAUUCAACAAGCUCUUUGAAUUCCCUUAAUAAAAUAUUGUAUGCGGAAAACCAAAAAGAAGAUAUUUAUACAUGGAUGGCGAAACAACAAGAAAAUUUUCAUAAAAAGGAAUUUAUACAUCAUCCUCCUGUAAGAAAAGCUACAAAUGCACUUCAAUCGCAUGAGUACAAGCAAGAUUCAAUUAAAUUAUUAGAUGCACAUUUGAUUUUUGAGCCACUUCUUACAUGUUUGGGUGUAAUGCCACAACAAAUGUUAAAUAAAGUUAAUGCUACUGAUAUAUCGACGUUGGAAAAUUUUGGUACAAAUGUAUCAUUAAUUGGUACAUUUGAUUCUAUUCGUGUCGAUAUUGUAGUAAGUGAAUUAGGCGAAAAUCAAAGUAAAAGUAAGAAUGGUGGUAAAAAGAGUUGCAAGAAAUCAAUUAUUAUGGAUGCUCCAUCUUUUCUUUGUGAAAAAGUUGGUAUAGAUUUAGAAGUUUUUAAAAUAUCAGAUGGAAAAAUAGAUCAAAGCAAACCCUAUAUCUAUAUAUCAAGAAGGCAGUUGAAAAAACAUGCUAGUACUAUAGUAAAUUUUAGUUUAAAUAUAAGAUUCAUAUCACAACAGGUAAAUAUGCCUUUAUUACGACUAUUGAAUCAAAUAUCGAAUAUGUAUCAAAAUGUUAAAGAUGCUCAAAAUAAAUUCCAUGAGCAACCUGAACUGGCCAUAUAUAGAAAAAAUAAUAUUAAAACAGACAUUAAUAUAGGAAACGAUGGUGAUGUAUAUGAAAUUCCAUAUUAUAUGACAGUACCACCAGAUAAUACAAGAAUUUUUGGAAAUGACAAAGUUUAUGACUCGAGUAUAUUUACAAGGAUUAAUAAUAAGUCAAUGCAACAACCACGUUCUUUUCUUUCACAACAUCAUCACCAUACACCAUCACCACAAGUUAAACCACGUCCCCAAAGUUUUGCUCAAAAAUUACGUUCGACUGGUAAAUCAGUGAAAGGAAAAUUAGGCUAUACAAAUUUAAAUGAAUCUAAAAUAUCACCAUUGCAAGAACAUCCUGAGAAUUAUAAUAAUUCAAAGUUAUCGCUAGAAUCAAGAGGAUUUAAUGCUGAUCAUGUUCCUAUACAUAACACAAAUAUUACAACUGGAAUCAUUUAUCAACCUGUAGAAAUACCAAAUUGCUGGAAAACUAUUUACCAUUUGCUUGAAUUAUAUGGAUCAAUGCCAGAAACAAAAAGAAUUCACAGGCCUUCGUUUUCUACAGAUGCCGUUGAAAGCACUAAGAAUCAAAAGAUACAGACUAAACCUAAUAAUAAAAUGGAUGAAGAAAGUAGUUCAGUUAAUGCUCCAGUUUCUAAAAAAAAUCAACUCCCGGAAAAGACAAGAAUUGCAAUAUUUGGUGUAGCAAAAAUACAUAAAACAAGACUUUUAGCAACGCUAAGUGGAUUAAAGCUUGAAGCUGAGAUUACUACUUUUAACAGUAGUUUUACAUGGAGAAAAAAAACCAGACCGAUUUCUUCAUUGGAAUGUUCACUAACAGGUCAAGUCGGAAGAGCAAUGAUUGUUUUACUUGAAGGUGUCACUCCAAAUCAACAAACUGUUGUUAAAAUAAUAAUUGGAAAAAGUCAAACACUAUAUUCAAGUGUAACCAAAAAAGGAAAAGAUAAAAAUAGUGGUUUGUUAUCAGUUGGUCCAGUUAAUAUUGAUAUUCCGCAACAUCCAGUUGCUUUGCAUGGUAUGAUGACUAGGAGUUCAAAACAGCUAUCUUCUACAUUACAAGAGCUUCGAGUUGGUCGUAAUUCAUCACGAGCUUCACACAAAGGAACGGAAGAUCCAGAAUCUCCAUUUCGUGCGCCUGAUACUAAAGAGAAAAAUCAACAGAAAGGAUUUUAUCAGGUUUCAAAAAGUGCGUCUAAUCAAAAUACUCUGUUACAACCAUUAGUGAUGCAGUUUAAUAUUUUAUUACAAAGUCUCUCUAUUAAUGCGGCAUUAUUGCCAUCACUUCAAGCACAGUACAAAAUGAAUCAUGUCAAUUCAAAUGGUGUAACGGGAAGUAAAGCAAAAUUUUCCAUCGAUUUGCCGACACAUACCUUAAGUUUUUCUACAAAAAUACAAGUAUUUUUAUUUACGAAUUAUAAUUUUUUUCACCUUAAAAUUGUGUUUUUACAGAGUCUCGAAGCAAACCUCCCAGCUGAAGCGUGUAUAGCUUUACCUCCAAUUCACGUUGUCGCAGAAUAUAUUCCUGAAAAUCAAAGCGAGGAUAUGGAAAUUGAUGGAAUCGUAUUGCGAAAAGGCAGUUACGUUAAUGCUCAAUGUGAAAUAGGGGAGUUCGAAAGAUGUUUAACAACUGAUUUACUUAAUCAUUUGGUGUUUGUACAAAAAGUUUUCAUGAAGGAAGUGAACGAAGUAAUACAAAAAGUUUACGGUGGAGAAAAACCUGUACCUAUAUGGUUAGAAGACUCACACAGUUAUCAGGUUUCUUCAGUUAAAAGAAUUUUAUUUUCUCUUAACAUAAGUAUGAAGCGAAUUCAGUUAACUGCAACUACACCUUGUUCAUCUGCCGUUCGUUUUGAAACGGGAACUCUUGAAUUACACCUUUCGAAUCGCGUUAAAAAUGUUGGUGAAGGACAUGAAAGAAAAUUAUUUGGCAAAGCUCAUAUAAAUUUUGAUUUAUCUCUUGGACAAAUUAUAAAAAAUAUUAUUUUUGAUGAAGCCGAACCCGAGUUCCAGCAAUAUGCAUUCUUUCAUACAACAAUUGCUUUGAGAAAUGCCUUCCAAGAUGAAUUGUUAAGAGAGGAUAAAGAAUUGAUAUUGUUGACUUUAAAGCGUCCACUUAUUUAUAUUCAGCCAGUAGCCGUAGACAAAGCAAUUCUUGUUUGGCUAAAUUACAAGAACGCUUAUGAGUAUUGGGCAGAAAAACGAGCUAAUCUAAAUUAUGAUUUGCCUGUUUUAGACCAGAAUACGUAUGAAAAAGCAGCUUUCGGACAAUUAGGAAAUAUUGCGGUUUCAAACUUGUCCAUGUUAUUUUUACAAUUGACCAUCGAAGACUUGGGAUUGUGUUUACCACUUAAUCCAGAAUCUUGGACUUCUAGAUCAUAUCAAGAUUUCGAAGCUAAAGGCGCUGUCGUAAUUACUUUGGAAGAUAUUAUUAUAUCAGCUUGUAAUUCUGGUUCAUUGGUGUCAAAGGGGAAAUUUUCAGGUUUAUGUUUGCGUUUUGCUGAUGACUUUGAAACAACACUAGACGAUUGGAAACCCAAUAUGAAUGAAGGUUGCAUUAUGAAUCUGUGUGUUGUUUCAGAGGGCACUUGCGAAGUCUGUUCUAGAACUAUUGCAACAAAAAAAAAUGAAAAUGCGAAAUGGUUUUUAAAUGUAAAAUGGCAAAUGGAGGGGGUUGAUAUACAUUUAGACACAAAUAUUGGAAAACAAUUAUCGUCACUUGGUCAUACGCUAACAACUUUGAGCGGCUUUGAAGAUGAUGACCUAAAUACAUUAGAGAGUCCUGAUAGUGAAAAUACUGAUUCCAACGCUCAGCAGAAAAAACAUGAUUUGGAAAAUUUACCAGCUUUUCUUUUUGAUCCAAGAAUUGAUUCAAAGAAAAGAUCAAUAAUGAUGGAAAGAGAAAUGACUGAGCAGUUGAAAAUAAUUAAUGAUUUAAGAACACUGGGAGCUUCACAUAAUACAGUUUCGCAUGAAGAAAGAAGACUUCAAGAAUUACAAGCCUUGUGUUACAAAUACUUUAGAAGGGACAUCAUUCAAAAAUGGAAAAGGCCAUCAAUGCGAUAUUCAAUGAUCAACACGAGCAGUAAACAACCAUCUUUUACAUCGCCAUCUACAAUAACUGACAUAGAUGAAGAUGGUUCUAAUAAGAAAUUAGAACAAAGUGAAUUGUCUGAUCUUCCAACUUCCCUUCGAAGUUGCGAUGCUUGGAAUAACUCUCUUAGAAGUACGAAAAGCGCAGGAAGACCAACUUUAUCUGCGGCUUUAAGGCAAACUUCUUUACCAAAUACAAACUUUGACUCAGAAUUAACAGAAAAUGAUAUAGUUUGGGCUUCUUCAGACGACUUAGCAAAUAAUAUUGUUACUCCUCCCGACAUUAAGAAAAAAUCGCAACAAAAGGAACCCAGCAUAGAUUUUGAAUUAGAUGUUAAAGUGUUAGUAAAUUCUGGUAAAUGCGUUCUUCAUACAAAAAGAAACAACAACGAAAAGGAUUCUUCAACUGGAAUUAAUAUUAAAUAUCAUAAACGAGAGCGCAGCAUCGGUAACGAUUGGAGUAGUCCGUUACCUUCAAGAAAACGUGAAAAAAGCAAAUUAAGAUAUAAUAAUCCAUUUCCACUGGAUUUAACAAUUUUUCAUAUUCCCGGUUUGGAUGUUAAAUUGCAAUAUCAAUCAACCACUGUUCAUGACGACUCUCUAAACUACUUAAUACCAGAUAAUCUUGAUAUAUCUGCAGUUUCGAAUAGAAGAAUGGGAAAUAAAAGGGCAUUUUUAUCAGCAUGGAUUAUAUUGCAAAGUAUACCAGAAGAAACAACAAUAUCGCCCCAUAUUCUUCAAUUUUUAGAAGAAACUUUAGAGCCUAUUUCAACAAAGUCUGAAAGUAAUAUAACUUCCGCGACACAGGGCAUGAAUAUUGAUUUACUGCCUGAUAAUUAUGUAGUCUAUGCUUCUUUCCCAGUUGAUGUGAUUGUAUACUUUCACAUGCAGCCAUCAACUUUCCGAUUUUCAUGUCUCCCUGUUUCUCGAGUAGAAUGUAUGCUUCAAUUACCAAGUUUAGAUAUAGUAUUUAGUUCUAAACGACAAGAUGAGAAUGAUUCAACAAAAAGUUUAGAAAAGAAUGCUUCAGGUGGUUUAAGUGUUACUGGAUGCCUGGCUGAUUUUAAUGUUUAUAUAUUUCAUCCUUAUGGAGGUAAAAAAUCUGGAUAUAAAGAUGCGAAACUAUAUCCAUUGAAUGAUGCAGAACGAAAAAAUUCAUUGAGUAUUAAUGUAGAAUUUGUGAAAUUCCACUUGAAUCGACGUCGGAAACUUUAUACCGAUUUGAUCUCAUCAAAACGAGUUGGAAAUGAUUCGCUCUCUAAAGCUGUAAUACGUUUUUCCACUAUCGUAGAUAUUGGAAGCGCUUCAUUCAAAUAUGAUAUGAGACGACUUACUGAAAUUUUAGCUUUUCCUAAAGCAUGGUAUAGACGCAGAAUAAUGCGAAGAUUAUUUUUAGGCGAUUUAAGUGGGCAAACGGAAAUAAAACCAAUGCAAAAAAAAUUGAAUUCCGAUUUCAAUGAACAUUACAAUGCAGCAAAUAACAUCGCUACAACUGACAAAUCUAAUCUAAGAAUUGCUCAAUUUGAUGCUAGUAAGAUAUUUUUGAAGCCUAAAAAUGAGGUUGACAACACUGGUAAUGAACAAAAUCAAGCCGCUGCUUGGGAGACACUCGUUCUAUUUGGAAUCAAUUUUACUAAAUUAAAUGUUCAAAUGAAUAUGGGAAAUGUUAUGGGCAAUGUUGUGUGGCUUACAAAAGAUUUUCAAAGCGAUGGUCGACUAAAUAUUAUGAGUUCUGGUUAUAAAAAUAUGAGAAUCGGCAUACAUUUGGGAGGUUCGUCAUUAGAUGCAAAGGGGGGUAUAGUUGGCGGCAAUUUCGAGCUUAGUCAGAUUGAUAAACAAAUUCGAAUAAAAGAACAGGUAGGUCUGGAGCCGAACCAUACUGUUGGUUUAAAUUUAAAAGCGCUGGAACUGAGACUAGAUUAUAUGGGCACCAGCGUCCUAAUGACUCGUAUAAGCAGUUUUUCAAUUUCGAUGCAUGAUGAGUGGAAAACAAGCGAAACAAUAAGAAAACUCACUAAAAAUGCGAUUAUAUUUUUCCAUAGUGAUGUUUCAUGGGAUCAGCUUCAAAUAAUGAUAUCAAAAUCAACAACAGCAGACAUUUUAAAAAUGUACAACAAACUUGAAGAAUUCUUUUCACAACAAUUUAAAUCCUCGAAACGCGUUUUUUCGAUUUUGGAAUCUAAAGAAAGUGAUAGAAAUGCGAGCUUAAAGAAAAAGCAUAUGAGGAAGAAGGAGAAAUUUACAAGUGAGCAAAAUAAUAUCGACUCAAGUAAUUUUAACACAGAAGGUAGUCAUCACAGACAUUGGCAAAAACCGCUGGCAUUAUCUAAAGGCCUAAAGUUGUUAUCUUUAUCAUCAAGUCUCCUAGAGCGAGAAAAUGUACUUGGAGGGACAGUUGAAUUACGUGGUAGUAACAUAUCCUUAGCCUGUUUUCAUGGCAUUAAUUUUAAGUCAAAAUGUUGGGCUUUAUUUAGUUUAAAAGAACCUUGCAUAAAUUAUGUAACUGAAGCACGACUUAUAAAUGAUACUGGUGAUAUUAAGGCUACGCAGACCUUGACAUUCAAUUUGGGCGAGACAAAUAAAACUCCUCAAAAUCACUCUAUGGCAAUCGUUAGUAGAAUAACAAGAAAUGUAAUAUUUCCUCCGCAAUUCAAAAAUUUGCAUGAAUGGUUUCAGUAUGCAUUUGCAAAUAGUGAAAUUGAUGCGGUAGAUCGUUUUCCUAUAUUAGAAAAAGAAAAAGAAAUUGCUACGAAUUCUAUUGAAAGAGUCAGAACGUCAAGCUCAAUACCUUCUAAAGCUCAGGAUCAUAAUCACAAUAGAGAGGUUAUUUUUGCUCUGCCAAGCUUACAAUGUCAUUUCAAAACGGAACACAAACAGGGUGCAACUAUUCCCCUUCUUACAGACGAAAAACCGAUUGUUUUAUGCAGUUUUAUAACCGAAUUUGAUGAUCACAUUUUUGUUACUGUUGAUGCAGAUGCUUUUUUCUUCUUACACGAUUUAAUUACAUCGUAUGUUAAGGAAAAAGAAAAAGUGAUUGAAGCUCAGAAUGCUAAAACAACAUCCCCGAACAUAUCACAAGUAAGCAAACUUUCAAAUGGUUCAACAGUAGUAAAUGGAAAUAACACAACUUUAAAUUCGACAUUACAAACUCAGACAUCAUUAGAAGAAAAUAAGUCAUUGAACACUUCACAACAGCAAAAUGGAAGUAAAAAAAUGGAACAAGAUUUAGAUUUAGAAUCAUUUGUACGUGAUUGGCGUCAUUUUGAAUGUAAAACCUGGCAUUUAGAACCUACUGUUAGACUUUUAUCAUGGGCUGGAAAAUCAAUAGAGCCAUAUGGAAUAGAUUAUAUUCUAAAUAAAUUAGGUUUUAGUCAUGCUAGAACAACUAUACCAAAGUGGAUGCAAAGGGGAUUUAUGGACCCUUUUGAUAAAAUACAAGCAUUAUUAAUGACUCAAUUAUUAGCUUUAGUAAAAGAGAAUAAGCCAAAUAAUGAACAACCAUAAAGAAAAAAUUAAAAAAGUAUUGUGUAUCUAUUGUGUAUUCAAUUAAUUAUAAACUAAUUUAUUAUAUAUCUAUUCACAUAAUGUUUAAUUUAAAGGUCGUAAAUACAAAAACAUGAAAAUCAAAUAA